AUGAUGCCUGUCUGUGCAUUUGGAGGGUCUCAGGUCUGGAGAGGCCUUCGGUGUACAUUUGGGGUUUCGAUUGUGGUCGGCUUCGUGUUCCUCUCAGGAUGCAGGGGGGAGACCUCGGCGAAAGAGCCUGUGACGUGUCCGCCAGAGACAAAUUUUCUUCCGGUGUGGCCACUGGAAGGCAUCCCUUUCUUUUUCAAAUGCCCGGAAGGUUCAUCUUUGUUUCCAACUGCGUCAGAUGGGAAUUUCAAAACCUUCUGUCGGAAUUCGUCCUGUACAAAUCAAGCGGAGUUGGGCACUGCGUAUACUCUUCGAGAGGCGGAAGCUGGAGACGACCGAGUAGUGCCCGUGUCAGCAGGAGCACAAACAAAGGUGUACGAACUCGUAGUACUUACACAGCCAGAGUUUCCAACAACCCUUUAUUUCCUUUGCAAGUCAACACAGGACAGGGCGACCGAAUCUCUUGCUACAACAGAGGCAAGAAGCACUUCUGACACUAUGGAAUCAACUUGCACGUUUCAGGUGGCUGUUUUCAGUAGAAAACCCCUGUCCGACGCCGCAUCAGAAAAGGUGUGUGAGUUCGGCAACACCAUGAAGGAGGUCACCCUCAACCCGAAAUCAAACAAGGUCACGUUUCGAUGCGGUGACAAAGGAUUCGUGUGGCCAUUGAAUUUCGAGAAUGCAUUCGAAGGCGAAGCAUGUACAGAAGAAGUAAGUCUUGCCAGUCUCGGUUUGGCUGCGUUUCGCGUAGAGGGGGAAUCAUCCGAUGAGACAGCAAAGGGUCCCGCCUACGCUUUGGAGGUCUCCGAGUUUCCAGCUGGUUCAAGCCGCGUUAGGCUGUGUUACAAAUGUAAAAGGCUGUCUCAGGUAGAUCGCCCUGCAGCGCUUUCGUCUGCCGAUGAGUGUACGAUUAGAAUCAACGUUGAACCAAAAUCCCAAACCGAAGGUGAUAAUGAAGAGGACGGGCAAAUGGAUGGAAAGCCUCCGGCAGGCGAUGCAAGUGACCUUCCCAAGCACAACAUCGUUUGUGUUGGCGUCCUUUUGCUGUCCUCUGUGCUUGCCUUGAGCCAAGCUGUGUAG